AUGACGUGUGUGGACACGCUCACACUGCUGGUCCUGGGUGCUCUCUCGUCUCACGGCUGGCUGGCUCACAAGUGUGUUGUCUAUGACGACGCAGCCGACUGGCCGGCCGACACGAGCUGCCCGGGCCUGAGGAACUCCGCUAGCUGUCACGGCGUCACCGACAUCUGGAACGACCUCCGCGACCUCCCGCCUCACCUGCAGACUCUGUGUGUGUACGUGCACAGGAACAAGCGGGUCCACGGGCCCCUGCUGGUGGACUCCUUCUCGGGGCUCCACGACCUUCAGCAGCUCCACAUCAGCGGCUGCUUCUCCCGGAUCCUUAACGGGUCUUUCCGGGGCCUGUCCGAGCUCCGCACCCUGACCCUGAAGCAUCUCUACGUCCCUCUGGACUGCUGCGAGGCGGUCGUCGUCCCCUCAGCCCUGCUGGACCUGCCCCGCCUCAGGACGCUCUACCUGCACGGCUACAGCCUGAGGAAGCUGACGCCGGACGUCUGGGCCGGUCUGCCGCAGUUAGCCAAGCUGUUUGCAAACGCUACGUGUGACGACGACCUCGCGGAGCUCGUCUGCAGAGUGACCCUCUUGACCUCUCUCACAGAGCUGACUCUAUCGGCCCCGAUGGUGCGUGAGCUGAAACGGACGAACUGCUCCUCCAACGGGGCUUCGGAGAGAGGUGAAGCCACGUCAGCUAAUCUCACAACGGUGCGUCUUACCUUUGGGCUGGUGACGUCUGUAGAUCCCGGAGCCCUCAGCUGUUUCCCAGAGCUUACAUACUUGUCUCUGCAAAUGACGGGACGACUGCAAGAGCAACUUAACAAGACAGCCAUUCGUAAAAUAGAGUUUUUAGACUAUGGACAGGAUGAGGGGGAACUCUCCAUGGAAGAGAUAUGUAGUGUUGUGUCAGCGUUCCUCAUCAAACGCGUUGAUUUGCAUUACAAACGGAUAGACGUUUCUGACUUUGAGCCUGACCAAUGUAAAUCACUGGAAGGACUAUCUUUUCUAACAAACUCUGUUUCGCCUUUAAGUCUAACAUGUUUCUAUAACUUCACAAACCUUAGGUACUUAGCGGUAGAGGGACACACUAUAAAUAAUAUCUGUAUGCCUCAGUUACCCCCUGUCAAAUGGCUAACCAAGAUUAGACUGGAGUUUAGCUUCCUGGGGUUAAUAAACAGGAUUCAGCUAAGCUGCUUCACACAUCUGACUGCCCUGGAUUUAGUGGCGAAUGCUAUCUCGGACAUUGAGGAUUAUUCGUUUGCAGGCCUGGGGCAGCUAAGGUAUCUGCGGCUGUCAUUCAACAACAUCUCAGUAAUCCGACGGUGA